AUUCCGCUUCGGUCGCUGCUCCUGUGCUGAACGUUGCACGUUCUUCGCUCUCUACGCGUUAACAACUCGCUUUGAACAAUUUCUCGAUACGUUGAAAUCGCCAAAUAACAAGUUGACAAGUGAAUUUUGUGCAAACAAAUAUACAAAAAUACCAAAUAAAUAAAUAAACACUCAAUUGUUAAAUACUAGUUGCGUGUGUUGUAUGCUGUGUCCAAGUGCAACUCGAACAUAUUUCCUGCAUCUCUCUGCUACGCGUUGCUUCGCGUCGGUGCAGACACAAAUUGGAUACCUUUGGGCAGCAUCUAAAUAUGGUUUACUUUAGUCCGCGUGGCAUGCAACCGUGUAGUCCAUCGGGUGUAAUUGCAAUGAUGCCGCCAUCGAAGAGUCCCAUCAUGGAAACAGCCGCCAGCGACAGCAAUCAAACCAACAGCACGGGCAGCAAUCAAGCUGACACCAAGCGCUCCUGCCCCCUGAAGUUCUCCAUUGCCAAGAUCAUGGAGCCCGACAACAAACAAUCCUCGACGACAACAAUGCAUACGCAACUCCAGCAGCAGCCACAGCAAUUGCAUAUGGAACCAGAGGAUGAGCAGCCAAGUGGCGCUGAGCAUUAUGCGGACUCCGAGCGCUCCUGUAGCCCAAUUGAGGUGACUGGCGAUGAUGAGGAGCCAGCAGCUGUUAACUACGAUUCGGCAUUCAAGAAAUACGUGCCCGGCUCCAGCUUGAUUAGCGCCGCCUCCUCUGCUGCCCCCGCCUCCGUUGCUGCCACGGCCUCCGCCUCCGCGGUGCAGCAGUUUGUGAACACACGCCACCAGGAGUUGCUCUCGCAGUAUCCGCUGCUCUACUAUGCGCCCAAUCAGUUGAUGUGUGCCGCUGCUGCCGCACAAUAUGCCGCACUCACAGCCCAGCAGCAAACGCUGGCAAGUGCUGCACAUUUGAGCAGCUUCACUGCCUCGUUGAAUGCCACGUUGCAUCACUCGCAAUCGUUGCGCCGCAACUUGGGGCAUCCGCUGGCCGCUGCUGCUGCCGCCGCAGCUGUUGCACAGUCCCAGCAGCAACAGAAUCCAACUCCAGCGCUGCAACAGAGUCUGGAGAAGUCGCCAGCGCGCUCUGUGCAAGCGCAAGCUGCCGCCCAGCAGGCAAAUCUGAAGCGCAAGCGUUCGCCACAAACGGAGCUACGCACGCCGCCGUUGCCAGUAUUGCCACUGCCCUCCUCCUCCGUCUCCUCCUCGCAUCCACGUUCGCGGUCGCGUUCCCCGUCACCACAUGGCUCGUUGGAUGACAGCAGUCCUGGUUCAGCGAAUGGCGGCAAACCGAAGACAUUCUCGUGCUUGGAGUGCGGUAAGGUCUUCAAUGCCCACUACAAUCUCACCAGACACAUGCCCGUGCACACUGGCGCCCGGCCGUUUGUGUGCAAGGUAUGCGGCAAGGGUUUCCGCCAGGCAUCGACGCUCUGCCGGCAUAAGAUCAUCCACACGUCGGAGAAGCCGCACAAAUGCCAGACGUGUGGCAAGGCGUUCAAUCGCAGCUCAACACUCAAUACGCACGCCCGGAUUCAUGCGGGCUACAAGCCGUUUGUGUGCGAAUAUUGUGGCAAGGGGUUCCAUCAGAAGGGCAACUACAAGAAUCACAAGCUGACGCACAGCGGCGAGAAGGCCUACAAGUGCAACAUCUGCAACAAGGCCUUCCAUCAGAUCUACAAUCUCACCUUCCACAUGCACACGCACAACGACAAAAAGCCGUACACUUGCCGUGUGUGCGCCAAGGGCUUCUGUCGCAACUUUGAUCUGAAGAAGCACAUGCGCAAGCUGCACGAGAUUGGCGGCGAUGGUCUCGACGAUGAUCUGCCGCCGGCCUACGAACGUCGCCGGGAGUACACCAGACGCGAACCACUCUCCAGCUUCAGCCAGGCGAGUCAAUUGACGCCGGACAGCUCCUCGGGCAGCAUGUCGCCGCCGAUCAAUGUGACAACUCCGCCGCUGUCGAGUGGCGAGACCAGCAAUCCUGCCUGGUCACGAACGCCGUAUCAGGAGUCGGCUACUACAGCGCCCGCUGGGCAUUUUCAUCAUCAUCUGCAGGUGCCGCCGGCGGCACUGCAUGGCGACUAUCCGAGCAGCUCUCCAUUCCUGCAGCUGCCACAUCCUGCCCAGCAUCAUCAGCAGCCACCGCAUUCCGUUCAGCAACAGCAGCAGCAACGCCUCUCGGCUGCAGCGUUGGAGAAUGUGCCAUUCAUUGCGAAAGUGUUUUGACAGCGAUACUAUGCCGACAACAUGGCCAGCUGCACUGUAGCAUCCUCGACCGCAGGAGGAGCCAGUGGCAUGCACCGAGCCAAAGUGGAAGAGACCGCAGCAACUGCUAGCAAGGGCAACAAUGAGCUGUUGCUCGAUUGACUGCAGCUUGUCUCGGCUGUGGCAGCAGUCAACAACACAACCACAAUUCCAGAGGUGUCUCCUGCACGCCAAGAAGAGGAGGAGGAGCUGGCCAGCGAUGACGACGCUGCAUCGCCGGAAUUCAGCUCCACAACUUUGGGCAGCGCUGUGCGUGCCCUGAAUGGACUCUUCUAGAGUGACCCCGAGCUCACAACCAACCCCACCAAAUGGUUUCAAUUUAACCUGUGCAAUAUUACGAAUUAUCUACAGAUGCAACUACGGUUACAGCUAUAGAUACAGUUACAUCUUAAAGUCCCCACAGAAUUUGUACAAUUUGUAAAUAGUUAAUAAUGUAUGUAUUUAAAAGUGUUUCAUGUGUAGUUCAUUAUAAUCGCAUAUAUGUGUAUGUACAUUUCAGCUAGAUAGUACCUAAAUUUAGUCAGUUAUUUGUUUCUGCAUUUGCGAAUUGAAAUCACUUGCAGAUUUGAUGAAUUUACAGCAAAUUACCACUUACGAUCAAUACUUAUUUAUAUAUGUAUAAAUAUAUGUAUAUGUGUGUGAGCUAGUUAAUAGAGUGGCAAAGAAUUUUAAUUGUUUAGCACUUAAGUGA